UUUGUUAGCAUGGAUACCAAGAGCAACGUGUUGAUGCAUAAAUACGAGUUAGGGAGGAUGUUAGGGCAAGGCACGUUCGGAAAAGUUUACUACGCGAGGAGUCUACAAUCCGGGCAGGGCGUCGCCAUUAAAGUGAUAGACAAGGACAAGAUUAUGAAGGUGGGGAUUGUGAAUCAGAUCAAGAGGGAGAUAUCGAUCAUGAGAUUGGCCCGGCAUCCGUACAUUAUAAAUCUCUACGAGGUCAUGGCAACGAAGACGAAGAUCUACUUCGUGAUAGAGUACGCGAAAGGGGGCGAGCUGUUCAACAAGGUUGCCAAAGGAAAACUACAGGAAGAUCUGGCACGGAAGUACUUCCGCCAGCUGAUAAACACGGUCGACUUCUGCCACAGCAGGGGCGUCUACCACCGCGAUCUGAAGCCUGAAAACAUAUUGCUGGACGAGGACGAGAAUCUUAAGAUAUCCGAUUUUGGGCUGAGUGCGCUGGCGGAAUCCAGGCGCCAGGACGGCCUCCUCCACACGACGUGUGGGACCCCUGCCUACGUCGCCCCUGAGGUGAUCAGCAGGAAGGGGUACGAUGGGGCCGUAUCCGAUAUCUGGUCGUGUGGCGUGAUUCUUUUUGUAUUGCUUUCCGGAUAUCUUCCGUUCCACAGCUCCAAUUUGAUGGAGCUGUACCGGAAGAUCGGGAAGGCAGAUUACAAAUGUCCUAAAUGGAUUUCCCCCGAGGCAAAAAGGCUGCUUAUGAGAAUACUGGACCCGAAUCCAAUGACUCGGACUACGAUAGCAAAGAUCAAGGAAAGCACGUGGUUCAGGACCGGAUGGAGGCCCGAAUCAGAAGCGAACGAGGCUGAAAGCAGCGACGAGGGACGAGAUGGUUCUAGGCUCGCGAACCUGAAUGCGUUCGACAUCAUAUCCCUCUCACCGGGAUUCGACCUGUCAAGGCUCUUCGACGAGGAGACUUGUGUAACGAAAGAAGCGAGAUUCCUUUUGUUGAGGCCGGCCUCUGUCAUCGUAUCGAAGCUGGAAGAAAUCGCCAAGUGCAUGAAGCUCAGGAUAACCAAGAAGGACGCGGGGUUGUUCAAGUUUGAAGGAGCCAAGGAAGGCCGGAAGGGGUACUUGUCGAUCGAUGCAGAGAUCUACGUGCUCACGCCGGCCUUUCAUUUGGUCCAGGUGAAGAAAACCGUUGGAGAUUCGCUGGAGUAUCAGAAGGUGUUUGACGAGGGUAUCCGGCCCGGGCUGGAAGACGUCGUUUGGGCUUGGGAAGGUGAGUCGCAGCCUCGGCUGGAGCCCGGUCGGCAACAGGAUGAGCUCUUAUCGAUGUCAUCGUCGCAGGAGCGACAUUCGGAGCAGCAGCGAGGUCAAGAUCUCUUAGAGCGGCAGCUGUUGCUGCUGCAAGAACAACUGCCUUGA